AGAAAUACCGGCAAAAUGACGAAGGGUACCUCCAGCUUCGGAAAGCGCCACAACAAGUCGCACACUCUGUGCCGUCGUUGCGGUCAGUACCCCACCAGCGAAUUUUUGUCAUGAAUGGGAACUUGGGCGACCCGAGGAUAUGUGUUGAUCGGCUUCGAAUGGCUGGAGCGCGUGUCUCUUGUGUUUGGGAUCUGAGGAGGAAUUUUGGUCGUCCAAGAAUGGUACCGUUGAUGAAAUACCGUCGGAACUGAGGCUGAUGAAAACCACUUGGAUACUACAGGUCGCCGCUCCCUCCACGUCCAGAAGCACACCUGCGCUUCGUGCGGAUACCCUGCUGCUAAGACCCGGAAGUGAAACCACAGACAACUGGAGCGAGAAGGCCAAGCGGAGAAAGACCACCGGUACCGGCCGCAUGCGAUACCUCAGCACCGUCACCCGCAAGUUCAAGAACGACUUCCAGACCGGCACCCCCAAGGGCUCGCGCGGCAUCAACAACGUCACGGCAUAA